GUUAACACGUGAAAAACAUGGAGCUGCGAAAUGUUGUGACACUACUUUCAGAUUUUGUUUGUUUUAUGUAAUUGUCAGAUAUAUCAACGCGAAGAGUUUAGUUUGUUUACAAACUUCCCGGAAAGGAUUUUGCUAAAUUUUCAAAGAAAGACUAAUUCAGACCACUUGCUAAAGCAGCUAUUGCUACCCAGUCGAUUGGUCUCUGGUUUGUAUUCUGUCUUUGAAGGAACGUUUGACUGAAAAUAAAAGCCGAAUCUAUGGAGAACGCUGAGGAAAAUCCCGUAGAACUACACGGAGAUGAGGAGAUAAUCGAGGUCAUCGAUUUGAACGACACAGAACAGACCCCAGAUGAGUUAGCGGAUGAUUUGGAGGAUGUUGAUUUUGCUGAAAACCCUGGCGAGGACAACGAGGGAUGGGAGACGGAGGAUGAGAUGGAGGCUGAGCAGGAUGACAGCGAACUCACGUUCUCCAAACACAGUGGGUCUGUCUUCUGUGUCAGUUUGGACCCUGUGACAAACACAUUGGCGAUCACUGGCGGUGAAGAUGACAAGGCUUUUGUCUGGAGAGUGAGUGACGGAGAAGUGCUGUUCGAAUGCACAGGACACAAAGACUCCGUUACUUGUGCCAUGUUCAGCCAUGACUCAAAACUGGUGGCGUCAGGAGACAUGAGUGGUGUGAUUAAAGUGUGGAAGGUGGAGACCAAAGAGGAGGUGUGGUCGUUUGAAGUUGGUGACCUGGAGUGGCUGGAGUGGCACCCGUGUGCCCCCGUCUUGCUGGCAGGUACCACCGACGGCAACGUGUGGAUGUGGAAGAUACCAGGCGGAGACUGCAAAACUUUCCAGGGUCCCAGCUGUCAGUCAACCAGCGGGAAGAUCCUACCUGAUGGAAAGAGGGCGAUGGUGGGCUAUGAGGAUGGGAGUAUCCGUCUGUGGGACCUCAAACAGGGGAACACCAUUCACGUCAUCAAGGGUCGUGACGGCCACCAGGGGGCGCUGACAUCUAUGGAGUGUAAUAAAGAUGGGACGCUGGUGCUGACCGGGUCAGUGGACGGCCAGGCCAGGCUCAUCAACACCAGCACAGGGAAGGUUCUGUGCUCCUUCUCCAUGGACAGCAGUGACACUAAAGACCAAAUGGAAGAUCAGAGCUCUAACUCUGUGGAGUCUGUUGGAUUCUGUAAUGUGUUGCCCUUGGUAGCAGUGGCGUUCCUGGACGGCACUCUGGCCAUUUACGACCUCCCCACACAGAGCCUUCGACACAAAUGUCGACACGAGGUGGGGAUUGUCCGUCUGCGGUGGGAGGAGGCGUCGGCUGUAGUGGUGACCUGUAACCUGGACGGAGUGGUGUCUCUUUGGGAUGCCCGCUCUGGGAACAUGUUGUCGGAAUACCGCGGACACUCAGCCGAAAUCCUUGACUUCACCCUUAACAGAGAGGCCUCCAUAGCUGUCACAGCUGGGGGAGACCACAGAGCCAAAGUGUUCUGCCUGCAGAGACCUGAUCGAUAGGGGGGGGGGGGCACCCUCAUAACACCCCCCUCUUCUGGAACUCCAGAAACUCAGAGAUCCAUUAGAUUGCUGCUCUCUCUCUCUCUCUCUCUCUCUCUCUCUCUGUCUCUCUCUCUCUCUUUUCCCCCCUCCCUCUGCACACUGUUCCUUCUCUGGUACAUAAAAUCCAUAGUUCAGUUCAAACUCAGUAUCAAUAAUUGACUCGCCACAGUGUGGUUUGUUUGUUUGUUUUUCCAAGAAUCAACGACCUCUCAGAGCUGAUUUGGCGUGAAGGGCUUAAAGACAUGAAGCCUCUGUUGUUCUGUAAACAGAGAACAAACAACAACAAAAAAAAGAUGUUUAUUUGUUCAGCACACUUAGCUUCAUAAUAAUUGUCAAAAACAUUCAGUGGUUUAAUGAAAAUAAAUGAU